AUGUCCCUGAGGGCCACCUCCCAUGGGGACAUGCAGGCUCUCUCUCUGGGGAAAACCCCAGUCCUGGAUGGGGGGCUGUACAAGUCUUACUCCCUGAGCAGCAGCAACAUGAACGGUAGCGGCCGCUUUGGGAAAGACAGGAUGGAGGAGAUCAAGGAGAUCUCCAAGCCCUCCCUCACCAGUCGCAGGCCUGUUCGAGUGGUUAGGCCGAUCAGCGCAGGGGGCACUUUCCUUCAGCUCAACCACCUCCAGGGGGAAUUGGAAUGUGAGGACCUAAAGAACGAGAAUAAGUACCUGUCUAACGAAAUUUACAUGGAGAGGAUCAUGAUGAGGACUGAGAACGAGCUCACCAUGAGGAACCUACGGAACCUUAACCAGGAGCUGCAGGCCCAAGUGAAAGAACUGAAACAGAAGCUCCACCUGGGCCAGCAGAGGGCGACACUGUGCUCACGGGCAGCCGAGGACGCAGAUCUGAAGCGUGAAGAAGCAGAGAAGAGCCGAAUGCUGGCUGAGGCACGAGCGAUAGACAGUCGUCAGGAGAUGGACCUGGCGCUGGACAACAGGGCCAAACUGAAUGAUGAGCUGCAGCAGCUCAAGAAAGAGCACACAGAUGUUCAGCUCUUGUUAGCCAAAGCAGAGAAGAACUACUUUGAGACCAAGCUGAAGCUGGACAGAAUAUCCUCUGAGAAGCAGGUUCUGCUGGAGGAGAACCGAGGACUGGAAGAGGAGAGGAACAACCUGCGGCACCGGCUGAAGGGACUGACAGAGGAGAAUGUGAAGAUCAAAGAGAAGGAGGUGAGCUCCAGACGCAGAGCUCUUGCUGCAGAGGAGCAGAGCGAGAGGUCCAGCAAAGCCCAGCAGGAGGCCGAGCAGGGGCGGAGGGUGGCGGAGGAGGAGCGGGAGCACCGCACCAGUGAGUGCCUGGGCUGGAGGGAGAAGCACCAGGCUGCGGAGAACAUCCUCAGGGCUCAGGAGGACCUCAGGGCCCAGCGGAGGAACAAAGCAUGUCAGGCAAACAUCAAGAACUACUUCCUGUGCAUGACUGAAAGUGACCAGAGGGUUAAAAUCCUGAAGAACUCAGAUGGGGCUCCAAGGAACUUCACGGAAGGAGAUCCUGUGUACAUCUCCACACCAGAACCAGCCAACGAUGACACUGAGACAAGCUCGUCAUCAAGGUGCGAUCACCCGUCGUUCAUCCACAUAAUUCAGUAAUUUCUCAUAAAAAUAGAAACUUCUGAAUCAAAUUAGGGCUGACUAUGUACAAUUACCUAUACCAAAAGCGGUUUCUUCGAUAUUUCAGUUGAGCAGAACUGGUAUUAUGUUCAGGAUAUUAUUGAAAGUGAGGAAUAUUGUGAUGAGUGAUUUUUGCCCCUCAGGACCAUGUUCAGAGUGUCUGCGCCUCGGGUAGGAAGGGACUCCGGUCCUUCUUACUUCAGUGAUCUCUCGCCCAUGGGGGCAGAAACUCCAGACGCUGGCGCCGCCCGGAGGAGCAGGAAAGUGGUGGAGUACUUCUGGAUCCCCACAGAUGAGGAAUGAGUUCAUGAGGAUUUGAACAUAGAUGUUGGUUGAAUAUAGAAGGCUCCGAACAAAAUUUCGAGUAAAGAUUCUAGAAAGCACCUACUACUACUACAACUACUUCCAUGCAAAACUAUAAAACGUUUGUUUCUAGAA